AUGGCAAAGAAGCGGAAAGGCCGCGUGGCAAUCAACUCGGACAUGGAGGACAGCGGCAGUGACGAGAACCUGGGUCAGGAGCUCUUGUCCCUGGCAAAGCGGAAGCGCAGUGACUCUGAGGAGAAGGAGCCACCUGUGAGUCAGCCUGCAGCCUCCUCAGACUCUGAGACGUCGGACAGUGAUGAUGAGUGGACGUUCGGGACUGUUCAAGCUGCCAUCUUGGCCCAGCUGAAUGCAAAGUAUGGUUCUGGAGUGUUACCAGAUGCUCCAAAGGAAAUGAGCAAGGGUCAGGGAAAGGAUAAAGAUUUGAAUUCUAAGUCAGCCAGUGACCUCUCAGAAGACUUGUUCAAAGUACAUGAUUUCGAUGUGAAGAUUGAUUUACAAGUUCCCAGCUCAGAGUCAAAGGCUUUGGCCAUCACCUCCACGGCUCCACCAGCCAAGGAUGGGGCUCCAAGGAGAUCUCUGGACUUGGAAGACUACAAAAGACGACGGGGGCUUUUUUGAGCUCACCCAGCCUGCUGCUUCUGACCCUGCAUGCCCAUCAGUGUCCCGCCUUUCCUCUUCCUUUGAUGUGCCCUCUUUGGGCUGGAGCAGCAGUAGAAACUGGGAAGAGAC